UUGAACUAUCAUUACUGAAACGGUGACGACAACGACGUUCCCCUCUUUAUUUUUUAUUUCAGUCUAGUUUUGUUAUAUUUUACAUGGAACGUCGUCUACGUCGUGUCGGCUCAAUGUUGUGAUAUUACAUCUAUUUUCUUCGAAGUUCAACAUUCACUCACAGUCAAACUCGCACUUAAAGAUAUUUUAAUAAUAUAUCAAUGGUCUUUGGUUGUUUAAAUCUCUUCGGGGGUUUUACAAAUCUAGAAAAAUAGAUAUUUACAUUCACCGUUAUUCCUACUACACUAGUUGUAGCUGUCAACAGGCUUACCUUGAUGACACUACUUCUGCUGCCCACCCGGCGGCUCUCACUCACAUAAACGGUACCACUAGCAGCACCACCACCAGCAGAACCGUUCCCACUGUCGCAACUGUUGCCUUCUUCCAACCGAUCCACACGGCACUGUCGUUCCUCAGUCACAAUAAUUCCCAAACCCUGCUGCUGUCCAUCCUUUUGCUAGUGGUACCGCUACUUUUACUGCUGCUACUCUCUUCACGCCUCUUUCAGAAUAUGUCCAAGAAGCGGGUAGCCACCCAUGCUGGAAGCUGGUAUUCUUUGGAUGCUGAUGAACUUAAUAAUCAGUUGACACAAUGGUUAUCAAAAGUACAAGCAGUCCAUUCUCCAGCCAGAGCUAUUAUUGCACCCCAUGCUGGUUAUAUCUACUGUGGAGCAUGUGCAGCUCAUGCCUACCGACAAAUUGAUCCUCAAAAAAUUAAAAGAAUAUUUAUCCUAGGUCCUGCUCAUCAUGUCCGUCUUUAUGGUUGUGCACUGUCAUCAAUGGAGAAGUAUCAGACCCCUUUUUAUGAUCUCACUAUUGACAGUAAAGUUUACAAAGAGCUCAUGGCUACAGGCCAUUUAGAGCAAAUGUCAAGAGAGACUGAUGAACAAGAACAUAGUAUAGAAAUGCAUUUACCAUAUAUAGCUAAAGUAAUGGAGAGUAAAAAAGGACAGUUUACUAUAGUUCCAAUUCUUGUAGGUUCAUUACAAGGAGAUAAAGAAAAAAUUUAUGGGAAAUUAUUGGGGGAAUAUCUAUCUAACCCAGAAAAUUUGUUUGUGGUAUCUUCUGAUUUUUGUCACUGGGGUCGUCGUUUUAAUUUUAUUUAUAAUGAUGAGGCAGCUGGUGAAAUAUGGCAGUCUAUUGAAUCUCUGGAUAGAAUGGGAAUGUCUAUUAUUGAAAGGAUGGAUGCUAAAGCAUUUUCAGAAUAUCUGCAACAAUAUCAGAACACUAUAUGUGGUCGGCAUCCAAUCAUGGUUCUGCUUCAUGCAAUUGAAAGCAUUCAAGAAAUUGGUCACAACUUUAACAUGAAGUUUCUAAAAUAUGCUCAGUCCAGCCAAGUGAAACACAUUCGUGAUUCGUCAGUUAGUUAUGCAUCUGCUGCUCUUACCAUUCAGUGACGUUAAUUUCUGUUUAACAUCACAAUAUUCUGCACUUUUAUCACUUUUUUUUUGUAAAGUGUAUAUAUAUAUAUAUACAUACAUAUAUAUACAUACACACACUGCUAAGUUGUAGAAUUAAUCUGUUAGUACAAAAAAACUGACUGACCUCUCCAUCAUCUGUUCUGAAGAGACUCCAAACUUGUAUGUUCUAAUCAAUGGCCAUUGGAAGAUUAGCUCUUUAAAAUAACUAUCCUCAAACAGCAAAUAUUGAGGUCAUAUUGUAUAUAUAUAUAUAUAUAUAUAUAAAAUAUACUGGCAUUAUUGUAAGCUGCCUAUUCUUCUUUGGUUAAAACAAGCUUUAACAAGGUUAACAGUGAUGUUCUACUUUUCUUUGUGUCUUUCCUCUAUCUUAAAGAUGCUUUAAUAAUAUAUACUACUUAGAAAUAAUGGAGAAAAAUCGGACUUAUUGUUUUCAUUUCUUUUUUCUUUAAAUAUUUUAGUAAAUUAUUGCGAAAAAAGGGAAAGAAAAACCACUCAAAAAUCUCAGAAUUAGUUAUAUAUUUGAAAGGAAAAUUAUACAGAAAAAUUAGUUUUAGUUUUCGGUUAUCUUCCAUAUCUUUUAUAAUUUCAUUGUGUCUCUUUUAUAAGCUACAUCCAUCUGAUGCUGGUUACUUCUAAGCGUUUAUAAUAAUAGACCUCUAACUUUCAAACAAGGCCACACAGAAUGCAUGUUUAUUAUACUUUUGCAGAGGAAAGGUUGAUUGUUGCUUUAAAGUUUUGGCCUGCUUGCCAUUGGCAGAUUGUCUGACAAAAGUGAGUAAGUGGAAAUUUUGAAGUAAUUUUCAACCUUGUCCUUUGUGUGUGUGUAUAUAUAUAAUAUAUACACAACUUGCAAGAUGCUUCCAUCAAGAGAAUGGCACAGCCCUGUCUCGGUUCAUUAGCAUAUAAACUGUCUCACAGUUAUGCUUUGUACUCUGGUUAAUCUGGACAUGACUCUGCUGUUCUCUGGAUGAAAUAUAAAAAAAUGCUUUACCAUCAAAAGUGUUGAAUAUUUCGUUGGUUUACAAAUACCUUCAUAUGGUAAGGAUUACCUGUAUUAUGAUGUGUGUGUGUGUGUGUUUUUAUAUACAUAUAUGUAUACAUACAUAUUUGUGUGUGUAUAGAUAUAUCCCAAUGCUAUAACACUGUAAUAAUCAAUAAUGAAAAGAACUCAAUUACAUAAUUAAAAUUUAAUACAAGCAGCCACAUAUUUACUCUACCCAACAUGUGUGGUUUUCUCUAUUCCAUACCAGGUAUAUUCUAUAUAUAUGAUAAACAUGUAAGCAUAGCAAUUCUGUCAUUCUUUAUUCUAAUGGUAAUGUAUGUAAUUGAAUAAAAGUAAUUUAGAAUAGCAAAAUAAUUUUCCUAGUUUCUAGCAGUCAAGGUUUUUUACCUGUCAAGUUACUCUUGUAACACAAAUAAGAAUUAGGAAACAAUCUUCACUAAAAAGAAUGAAAAAAAAAUGCCUGAUAUAUUUCUAAUGCUCAGUUAUGUAGUUUUGAGAUAUCUAGAGUUGUGAAUAACUUGCAUCUUGUUAUAUAUAUAUAUAUGUGUGUAUAUAUAUAUAUAUAUAUAUAUCUGGUGACACAGAGGCAGCAUCGUCUGCUGUAUUAACUGGCUAGAAUAUGGGAUUGCUUACACUGAGAAACGGAUGGAGUAACUUGUUAGAAUUUAGGUUAAAGGUGUUUAUAUUUAGUUAUGCCUUGUUAAUUCUUCACAGUAUGAACUUUGAUGUAGCUAGCUCAGGUAUCCAAAUUACUUGCUGGUUUGACACUUUUACCAUAUUCUUCAGCUGAAUGUAUUAGAUCUGUUCAGUAACUCAGAUUGAUUCCUUUAGAAGGUAAUCUCUACUUUUGGAAAUUACAUUUGGAAUCUCAAGGAAUUCUAUGAAAAUUAAUGUUUAAAAUUAUUUUCUGUCCUGUAAAAUCCAAACUUGAGAAAUUUGCUUGAGCUUAAAAUGGUCAUUAAUGAAUGCAAUAUUCUUCAAGUUCAUUGUAUUUCUAAGACAUUCCAUCUUUUAGUCAUUCCUUCAUUUUAUUAUUAUUAAUAAUUUCCUACUAAUAACAUAUAGGAUGUUUCUAAUUUCCUUGCAGAAAAAGCAAUUAGAUUAAUUUUAGGUUAGAAUUUCUUUAUGGAAAAAAUUUUAAUUAGGAAAUAUUGAGUAGCUCCUGAAUUAUUAACAAACCAACAACAAAAGGAAAAUAAUGCCAAUAUCCACUAGGUACCUGAAUAAUCUCAUACCUACAAACAUUUCAUAAUUUAGCUUUUGACAAUGAUCCUAAGUUCUUUUUUCUUUCUCAAUUUUGGUUUGAAAAUUUAACUCCAUUUCUUUCUUAUUUCACAAGGAUUCCAUUUGUUAUGUGUUUUUUUUUUUAAAUUAUUGUUUUUCUCUCUCUGAGAGAUCAAUUUCUCAAAUACUUACCAGCUCUUUACAAUUGUUGCAUUCUAAAGUUUGGUUUUUUUUUUUUUUUGUUGGUCUCGUUAAUGAGCUUAAAAUUGCUGACUUCUUUUAGUAUCCAAUAUGUAAUUCCAUUUAAUAAAGACUUCUUUUUUAACUAGAAA